AUGUUGGCCAUGAACUUUUCCGCCUCCUCUAUGCAGCAACAACCACCACCACAGCAGCAAGCACAAGCCCAGCAACAGCCAUCGAUUCCCCCACCACCGACUCUCUUCUAUUCGACAUCCACAGGAAGUGCCCCAUCAACGAUGACUGCAUUUUCGUUUGCGGCGCAGGGUCUACAGCAAGGAUCCUUCCAUCAAACGACGACGACUACUACUACGCCGAGCAGCAGCAUGAUGAUGACGCAGCCAAUGGGGAUUGGGAAGCGGGGACGAGCACGAUCCUACGAGCCACAGCUACAACUACAACAACAACAGCUGAUUGGCGGUUUUUGCAACGGCAUCAUGCCACAAGCACCGCCAGCAGUCAUGGCUCCUCCACCCACACCUCCCGACGACGCCUCUGAUACGACGCAUGAGUCCUCUUCGAAAAAGCGACGACCGGCCAACUAUGUAGCUCCUCGCACCGUCCCUACGACCUUUACCAGCGCGACGGCUCCCGGCCAUGUCCGACGAAAUCUCUCCUUUAGUCGGAUCGACCCCUAUGUUUCCUACGCGCAGACUCCCAGUCUUCCGGGUAUGACCAAUAACAACAAUGGCAAUGAAAAAAUGGACAUGGAUGCCAGCGCCAUGAGUCAGAGCAAUGAUGGACAAUCCCGUGUCCGAAGCAUGAGCUUAUGA